UUUUGUUGUCAAUAACAGCUGAUGACACGUUGUUCAUUGGUUAUUGUUAUUUAACAAGAAGAAAAAAUGUGUAAAUAAAUGAGCUAAACAAAUGAUUCCAAUAUAUCUUGUAAGUAAUUUACAAUAAAUUUCAUAAUGGCAGGUGUACUUGAUGAUGAUAGUGAUUGGGUAACUGAUCUGGAAAAUGCUUUACUCGAAGAAUGUACUGCUACAGAUGUUUAUUGCAUUUGCAAGGGAAAACCGCUUCCAGAAGGAAUGCGGUCAGAGGUUUGGCAGAUUUGUUUGGAUGUUCGUGACAAGGGUAACCAACUGGACAACUUUAACGAAAUAUUUGACUUACCGAACCAGCAUGAACUUAGAGAAGACUGCACUAAAUUUGUUUCGAAACUUGAUAAUGAUGGGGAAGAACAAAUCUCAAUUGUAUCUGAUCUCGAAUCCAUCAUAACUUUUUAUUGCAAGAGCAGAAACCUCACCUAUUCUAGAAACAAUGGAUGGAUCGAAUUGCUCCUUCCUCUCCUAACAUUAAAAAUUCCAAUCUGCACAGUUUAUAACUUAUUCGAGGCCAUAAGAGAUAACUUCAUCCCACAAAGUUAUCAAGCUGAAGGAAAUGCAUUCCACAUCUUACGCUUAUUGCUGUUGUAUCAUGAUCCCGAGUUAUGUUCAUUCUUAGAUACUAAACGUAUUACACCUGAUAAAUAUUGCGUGACAUGGUUCCAAUCAUUGUUUGCAGCAACGUGUAACAUGCAAGUAAUCAUAAAUAUGUGGGAUUAUUAUUUUCAACAGUCGGAUCCAUUUUUAAUUUUUUUCCUAUCUCUCAUCAUGGUGAUAAACGCGAGGGAACAGAUUAUGUCGUUGAAGGAUGAAUCUACUAGUGUGAUUAUCGAAACUUUGGCCAAUAUGCCGUCUGCACUUGAGGCCGAUGAUGUGGGCGAUUUCUGUUCUCUAGCACAGUAUUAUGCAGUUAAAACACCGACAUCGUUUCGUAAUGAUCUUAUACAAAAUAUCUACAGUGGUAAAGCGGAGGAUAAUGUAUCGGUAUCCCAAGCUCUCUGUCUUCCAGUAUCGGUGAGAGAACUAGUCCAAAAUGUAGCGCAAGGGGCAGGAAAUAUGGAUACCGUUAGAUUUUUCCUAGUUGAUUGUCGUCCUGUGGAACAAUACAAUGCAGGUCAUCUUCCUACUGCUUUUCAUCUUGAUUGUAACUUAAUGUUGCAAGAACCAAGUGCUUUUGCUACAGCUGUUCAAGGAUUAUUGUCGGCGCAGAAGCAAGCUUUGGAACAUGGAUCUAAUGCAGGCGGUGAACACUUGUGCUUUUUGGGAUCUGGCAGAAACGAGGAAGAUCAAUAUACACACAUGGUUGUUGCUUCUUUCCUUCAGAAACACACGCAGUAUGUCUCGUUAUUGACUGGCGGCUAUAUAGCGCUCCACAAUUACUUCAACAAUAACCCUUCACAAUUUUUACUGGAUCACAAUCCUAAGUUGUGCAUAGUUUGUGCCCCGGUCUAUAAUUUGAACAUGACCGAUAAGAAUUCCAAAUCCGGCCAUAGUUCCGAUAUAUUCGGGAAAAUUUCAGCAGUGAUGAAGUCCAAGUCCGCCGAAGUCAAGGAGAAAUUGAUCGAUUAUAUAGUGAAUCCGAAUAACAGUCCAGUCCAGGAGAGACACGUGUCUAGUAGUGAUAAAAUUGGGAAAAGAUAUAGAAAUGUUGCACCUGUCUUCAGUAUUGAUGAUGAUCACGAUUACAUCACUGGAGGGGAGAACCCCAAAGAAGAAGAAGAAACGAGAGAACUAGUCCAGAUUCAACAGUGGUUGAAGAACCCCUCGAUCGUGGAACAUUUUCCAUGCGAAGAGGUCAAACUAAACGGGUUUAUGUAUAAGAGUCAUCUCAUCAUCACGACUUCAGACUUAGUAGUAUUACGUGAAGUACAGGAUCAAAAGGGGGUGGCUGAAGUCAUAGUCAAGAGGCCACUGUCUGCCAUCGUUAAGAUAACGGCUAAGAAGAGACAUCCGGAAUUGAUAACCUUCAAGUAUGGCAUUCCCGACGGUGAGAACCUGAUCAUUUCUGACAUGGACAGAUUUUUGAUUCCUAACGCCGAUAAAGCUACCAAGGUUGUGUCCGAGCAAAUCUUGAAUCAGCUGAAGAAUAGAGAAUGUUAAAGUUUUAAAUAUUAUGUGUUUAUUUAUAUUGUAGAUAUUUUCAUAUAGUAAAGUAAGAAAGUAUAACUGUU